CCGGCAGGCCACGGGAGGGAGGGAAGGCAGGAGGGCCGCUCCCAGCUCGGCGCUAUUUCCCGGAGUUCCACCUUGAGGGGAUGGAGGCGUCUCGGGGCUCCGGCUCCCCGGAUCCCGGCGAGCUCCGGUCUCUAAAGCCAUGUCUGCUGCGUCGCAACCACAGCCGCGAACAGCACGGCGUAGCAGCCUCCUGCCUGGAGGAACUACGGAGCAAAGCCUGUGACAUUCUGGCCAUUGAUAAGACGCUGGCACCAAUCACCCUGGUCCUGGCGGAGGAUGGCACCAUCGUGGAUGAUGACGAUUACUUCCUUUGUCUUCCUUCCAAUACCAAGUUUGUGGCUUUGGCCUGUAAUGAGAAAUGGACAUACAACAAUUCAGAUGGUGGCACGGCAUGGAUUUCCCAGGAGUCUUUUGAUGUAGAUGAAACAGACAGUGGGGCCGGAGUGCAGUGGAAGAACCUGGCCAGGCAGCUGAAGGAAGAUCUGUCCAGCAUCAUCCUGCUGUCUGAAGAGGACCUCCAAGUGCUCAUCGACGUGCCGUGUUCAGACCUGGCUCAGGAACUUGGCCAAAGUUGUGGCACUGUGCAAGGUCUCCAGAACACACUCCAGCAGGUGCUCGACCAGAGAGAGGAAGCCCGCCAGUCCCGGCAGCUUCUGGAGCUUUACCUCCAGGCUUUGGAGAAGGAGGGUGGCAUCCUGUCCAAGCAAAAAGAGUCCAAAGCAGCCUUCGGCGAAGAGGUGGACACCGUGGACACGGGCAUUGACCGAGAGAUCGCCUCCAAAAUCGCCCUGACUAGCCAGAUCCUUACCACCCUGAAGGAGAAGCCUGCUCCAGAGCUGAGUUUAUCUAGUCAGGAUUUGGAGUUGGUUUCCAAGGAAGAGCCCCAAGCACUGGCUGUUGCUUUGAACUGGGACCUAAAGAAGACAGAAACUGUUCAGCAGGCCUGUAACCAGGAGCUCGCCCUGCGCCUGCAGCAGAUGCAAAGCUUGCGAUCUCUCCGGAAUGUUUCAGCAAGGAACCAUUCCCUGCCGAGGGAACCACAGAGCCCUAAACGAGCCAGACCAGACACCACGUAGCUGCCGCCAGAAACCUGCCGAGGAAUACCUGCUGGCCUUGGGUUUUGCUAUCAGUGAACACCUUCCACAUCCUCAUUAUUUUGUUACUACAUUCUACUCUACUCCUCCAGCUUGUUUUCCUGGCACAGGCUGGAAGGCUGGCUUAUGCUCAUGCCACAAAAGCAAUUGUGCCUACUUUGAAUGAUAGGGCUGUACUAGCAGGACUGCACCUCCUAAGUACUUGUGUUCAUGUUUUCUGCUUAAAAGUAUUUGUCCGGGGCUAGGGAUGUGGCUCAAGGGGUAGAAUACAAGGCCCUAAGUUCAAACCCUAGUGCCACUACCAAAAAAAAAGUCAGGGCUGGGGGUGUGGUUCAGUAGGUAGAACAUGUGCUUAGCACGCAUCAGGUCUUGGAUUCAAUCCACAGCACCCCCAGAAAAAAGUAAUGAAAAGUACUUGUGAAGGGCAGUGAAAAGAAAUUGUCUUGUUUUUAAAUAAGUAGUUAUACAAAGGGCUUUCAGUUCCAUAAAUCAGGUUGAGUACAGUGCCUCUUGAUCAAGUGACCCCUUCAUUCGCCCCCAAAACUGUCGUACUUUGAAUUCACUGUUCUUGUUCUGUAAGUAGGACAGAAUUUUAGACACAUAUGUUAGAGAUGGUGACUAGUGGCGUGUUGCUUAUGGCCACAAAGUUAUUUCUUAAGCUAAUGAAUUUUUAUUUUUAAAGGCACAUAUUAAGUUCUGCAGGCCGUAGGGACAUGGAGAGGCUGAGUCACCAUUUCUAAUAUCUAACUCAGUAUUGUGAAAUUGUAUGUUACCACUGUGAAACUCUUUUCCUUUUUCUAAUAUGUUUUAUCAGCAGGGGGUAUAAAACUAUAAAAUGGUCAGUAAAGCAAUUUCCAUGGGCUGUAGCUUCAAGUCUCUCUGGAUAGAGCCGAGCUCUUCUGCUUUAUACAUAGACUUGUUCUGCAGAGCUUUGUGAUCUACAAUAUAGUCUCCUCACAGGGCAGAGAUGACUAGUUCUUGACCUACCUGACUCUUUAAUGUAUGCUUACAAGAAAGCAAUGGUGCAGAGAGUCAACCCGUUGGCCAGUUUGUUUACAUGUCUGUUUCUGGUGUUGGGGAUGGAACCGCAAUCCUCACACGUGCCAAGCUGGUGCUCUGCCAGAAUGAUACUCCAGCACUACCUUGGCCACUUAAGCAAAUUGUGAUGUUAAGUCCUGAGGUAAAGGCGGAAUGCAGAAAACAAACAGAAGAAAAAGUGUUUCCUAGCCAGACACUCUGGCUCAAAGUGGUGGACCGCUAGCCUUGAGCAAAAAGAACUCAGGGACAGCACCCAGGCCCUGAGUUCAAGCCUAUUACUGACAAAAAAAAAAAAAAAAAGGAUAUCCUCCUCUGCCCUACAGAGAGGGCUCAGCUCCAGUGGGCAUCCUCUUACUAGGCCUUAGCCAGUGGUUCUCAAGUGUUUUCCCAUUUCCCUUUUUACAGCUUAUUUUGUAAUGCCUCCUCAAUUACCCUUAAAUAAAAGCCAUAGCUGAUGA